AUGGUAAGUGACACCGUCGCUGCACAAAGAAGAGACAAUUCCGACUUCUUCUCCUUUCGGACUGUUGACAAGGCUGGCUUUGUCUGUAGGAGAACGUUAAGUACCAAAGAGAGGCAUGAGUAUAUCGGUGCGGUCAAGUGCCUCGCGACGAAAUCUUCACAGACUGGAAACAUCUACGCCGGUGCCAAGUCCCGUUACGACGACUUUCAAGUCAGCCAUAUCGUGAAUACUGACUUUAUCCACUACGUUGGGUUCUUCCAAGCGUGGCAUCGGAUAUUCAUAGCCCAGUAUGAGAAAGAUCUUCGAGAUCUUUGUUGCUAUAGUGGUGCUCAACCUUAUUGGGACUGGACACUUGACUCGAACUCUAUAGAGGACUUCGAAAGUUCUCCCAUCUUUGAUGCAGAGACAGGUUUCGGAGGUAAUGGCGUUUUCAUCGAUAUCAGUGGCUGGACAAACGUCACUCGGCAGGUCUCUGGCAGGACAGGAGGAGGUUGCGUUACCGAUGGCCCUUUUGCCAAGGGGGAAUUUGAGGUGCACGCAGGCCCAGACAGCUCAAGUGCCUACAACCCGCGUUGCCUGGCGCGCGACAUCUCUGCAGAAUAUGGCAUCUCAAAGCUCAACCAAACCGUAGUCGACUGGACUCUCGAAGCCAAAGACUUCUUCGAGUUCGACCAGCGCGUCCAAGGCGGCGUCAGCUCUGAAUCUCAAGGAUAUCACGGUGGCGGUCAUCUUGCCAUUGGCGGUAGUCUCGGCGAGAUGGGCGACAUGUACUCUUCGCCUGGCGAUCCUAUCUUCUGGCUACAUCACACCAACGUUGAUCGGCUCUGGGAUAAGUGGCAGAGACUGGAUUGGCCUGCUAGGAAGAGCGACAUCAGCGGUCCUGAUACCCAAUUUGCGUAUCCUUAUGAUUUCUUUGGCGACAAGGAGUACAAGAACAUCACUCUUGCUUACGUGAUCGACUUUGGCAACUUGCUUCCUGAUAGGCGAUACGUUACGGUUGAAGAGGCUAUGGACACUCGGCGGCUGUGCUACACAUAUGAGUAA